CCCCUCCAAAUCAUUGGAUUCAGGUGUUCCAAUCACCUCCAAAUCAUGUGAUUCAGGUGUUCCAAUCACCUCCAUGGCCACAUGUGUAAAAAUCAAGCACCUAGGCAUGCAGACUGCUUCUACAAACAUUUGGGAAAGAAUGGGUCGCUCUCAGGAGAUCAGUGAAUUCAAGUAUGGUAUCGUGAUAGGCUGCCACAUGUGCAAUAAGUCCAUCCGUGAAAUUUCCUAGCUACUAAAUAUUCCACGGUCAACUGUUAGUGGUAUUAUAACAAAGUGGAAGAAACUGGGAGCAACAGCAACUCAGCUA